GCAACCUUGGGGGUAAAGUACAGUAGCGUGCACAGCCUACUAAGUAAGAUAGGCGGCCUUGGCGGGUUGUUUCUGACCUCGAACAGAGUUUACUUGGCGUUGAUAAGGAGACAGACUUGUCGGUACGACUCAGACUCGAAUUGAGUCGCCUUAUCGAUGCCAACUUACUAUGAUACUUAACGAUGGGCUUGCCGAGUUCAACAACUCCCAGCCGAAAUGCAAGAUGGAGGGCCAACGAUUGCAAGGACAGGGGACAGGGCUGUUGCAAGCAGUUCCAAUGCUUGUCUGUCCUGCCGCAGAGUCAAGAUGAAGUGUCGGGUGCCAGAGAGCCACAGCAAAUGCGAAAGAUGCAAACGCAAAUCUCUAGAAUGUACGUUCCGGAAGCACCAACGGGGUCGUCGCCCUGCGGUCAAGCUUGCUAGCGGCGCCCUGCCCAGCAACCUCGAAGCCACGAAGCAAGCAAAUGCCAUUUCCGGGAGGAUAAAUGAGUCUUUGACCGAUGCUGGCCGCCACAGGCCGUCCUCCGGAACCCAGGAUGGAGAGGAAUCCUCAAGUGCACGCGCCGAAGCUGAGAAGGCGUUCUGGGCAGAGUCCGACAAUUUCAGACCACCAGACUUGCUGAACAGAGAGGCUACCAGCGGCCACUUUUCUUUGCUGAACGUUCUCAGUACCACUAACAGAAUGGGAUCCCCGGUUCCAUCCAACUCAAGCUCCGAUGACCCAAUCCAGAUGAGGCUGAUCAACUACAACAUUGCCGUCACCUUGUUCGAGGGCUUCAUGAAGCACCUCAACCCAUACAUCUGUCAGCUUGAUCCAGUAUUCCAUACAUUCUCCUACGUGCAGAAGACGUCUUCUUUUCUAUUGACCGCGGUCCUGGCUGCCUCCGCCAAGUCUUUGAACCCGGCAGUGUAUCCGGCCCUAAAAGAGCAUGCCGAAACAUUGUUUACCAAGAGUUUUCGCCGAGGACAUAAGUCAGCCGAAAUUGUCCAAGCGAUUCUCGUUCUUACAUAUUGGAAAGAGUUAGACGACACUCGCGUGUGGCUCUCCGUUGGGUACGCAAUCAGGCUGAGCAUGGAGCUCGGAUGGCACAGAUUGCCCAAGGCCCAACACGAGAAUGAUCGACUGAGACCCGACUCGGAGCGGAGAAAACUCCGGAACUGCCAGAGGACAUGGCUGGUACUUUUCGUUUAUGACCGCAGCAUCAGCUUGCAGACCGGGAAGCCGCGCAUGAUUGAACGUAGUGAGCUCAUUGAGUCGGUGGACGUCUGGCUGAAACAUGAUCUUGCCCUACCUAUGGACGUCCUGCUGGCUGCCUUCGUCUCCCUACGUCUCCUGACUUCCGAUGUCUUUGACGUUCUCGACCCAAACCCUACCGUCGACCGCACACUUCAAGUCUAUGGGACGGACGCCUUGCUCAAGAGUCUGGGGUGUCAGAUCAGGACUUGGGAAGACCACUGGAUAGGGCUUGCCCAGACUGCCGCCUGCGAGACUUGCCACCUGUUCCUCAUCCGCUUCUACGGCAUGCAUCUCCAAUUGUUGCUGUCGUCCUUUUCGCUGCGGCCUGCUUUGCUGUCACAAUCAACAGAAGCUAAAAUCCGGACAGGAGUGAUCUGGUCCAGCAAUGCCACCGCAAUUCAGAUGCUCAAACUGGUCUCGGACCCCUCUGUGUCUCCAGUUCUCUACUUUGCGCAGGACUCGGUACACGUCAUGAUCGCCUACGCUGCUGUGUUCUUGAUCAAGCUCCUUUUCUGUGUCCCGAAGCAUGUGCGAGCGGACCUCGAGACCAUGACAAUCGAGGCUCUCCGAGAUGCCGCCCGAUCUUUCGCACAUCAAGCUGCUCCGCCAAAUUCUAGCUGCUGGCUACAGGCGAAGUUUCUUGAGAACGUCCUCAAUGACUGUACUCGGCCCAGUCGGCCACGGACCGAUACCCAUGACGCCGCUGAGGCCGGCAGGGAGGCUCCUCAUGAACACAGCAGGAUUGCGGUACAUGAUGAGGCCGAUAGAACCGCCUUGCACCAGGAUAUGGACGGAGCUGACACUCACGGUGGACAGUCACAUCUAUUCAACGAUACAAUAUCGCCGGACUUUGCUCUUUGGGAUGACGAUAUGUGGGAGCCUAUGUUUGCCAGUGCCGGUUUCAAUAUCACCGACGGGACCUUCCUGGCAGAUGCUUAUACUCAGGCAUAGACGUUAUAUGCCUUGUGGCCCGCAUGAGUGAUGACCACAAUAUCCCGAAAUAGGAUCUUGAAGAACGGCGGCGGCAUAUCAGCUCGAAAUGUUCUGUACACAAUAUCCGUGACUCGACUAGUCCGCCGCUGCUGUGCGAGUAGCUUGGGUCCAAUUGUUGGACAUUGCGCAAUAUGCCGACUUUGUAUCAGCAGCGGAAAACUCAAAAGUUGAGAGGCAUGAUCAGGACAGGCAGCACUGACUGCGUGACUACGUGAAGAAAACAACAAAGUGGCUCACCGUCGACCACAAGCCAUAAUUGGUCGUACAUGUAAGAGGGUUUUGGGCAUCGGGAGCACCCCUAAGCUAAUAGGUAGCGUUGCGGAGGUGGAGAUGGCUUCCAUAAAAAAGAUUCCUGCUUCG